CGGUGGUGGUGGUGGUUUGCUGGUGCUGGUCUACCGGUAUACUGGUGGUGGUAUAGUGAGUGCACGGCAUAUUUCGCUUCUCUUUGUAAGAGUUCUCAGUAUCUCGCUGCUACUCUCACGCAGGCGAGAGAGGCGGCUAACACCUUCCUCCUACGUUCGGACGUCAACUGUCAACCGUCCGCGCGCGGACCUCAUUCUCGUUCACUGUCGGCGCGUUCCUCUUCUUUCGUGAUUUCCUUCUUUCUUCUUUUUUUUCUUUCCAUCUCUUUAUUUUUUAUCCCCUCGACUUCCGCCAAAUGCCGUCUAUCUUGUUCGCUAACGUGAUCGCGUACGACGAAAAGUGCGUGUCCUCGUCAUCAGCGCCAACCACCACGUAAACGGCCAGGAGAGAAAAAAGAAGAUCAUCGCGAGAAGCUCGUUGUGCGAAUUCAUUUUCACUGCCCUGUGUCGCUCUCACGGAUAAAUUUCUGCGUGCGCGAACACAGAAGAGAAGAUCGUUCCUUGCGUCCAAAAGAUUACUUCAAAGCUAGUGCGAUCGUGUUCAGCGACUUUUACAAACGUUUAUCACUACUAAACUAUCAGAAUGUAUCGCGUGCUACUUUUUCUCAUCUCAAUCUAUGGAACCAUUAAUGGAAUGCAAUUACCUAGUAAAGGAGAUUUACCUCGUCAAUAUCAUCCGCGUUUCUUAAUGUACGAGGAACCAUAUAACAUUGAAUUCAAGUAUCACAAUUAUGAGCAGAUGAGCCGCUUUCUUCGCGCGACAUCCCUUCGAUUUCAAAAUCUCACCGCUCUGUACUCGAUAGGAAAGUCGGUGAAAGGUCGUGAUCUAUGGGUAAUGGUCGUGUCGUCAUCACCUUACGAGCACAUGAUCGGGAAGCCCGAUGUAAAGUAUAUCGCUAACAUACACGGAAACGAAGCUGUGGGACGCGAGUUAAUGCUACAUCUCAUUCAUUCCCUCGUAACAUCGUAUGGAUCAGAUGCAUAUAUUACGUGGUUAUUGGAUAAUACAAGGAUUCAUAUUCUGCCGUCAAUGAAUCCUGAUGGCUUUGAAGUUUCUAAAGAAGGACGCUGCGACGGUGGUCAAGGCAGGUAUAACGCGCGUGGCUUCGAUUUAAAUCGCAACUUCCCGGACUACUUUAAACAGAACAACAAAAAGAGUCAGCCGGAGACCGAAGCUGUCAAGGAAUGGGUCUCGAAGAUUCAGUUCGUGCUGUCGGGCAGUUUACACGGCGGUGCUCUCGUAGCCAGUUACCCCUUCGACAAUACCCCAAAUUCGCGAAUAUGUCGAUCAGCGCCACUAUGUGCAGUGUUUCAGAGUUUCACGGCGACGCCAAGUAUCUCGCCGGACGACGAUGUGUUUCAACAUUUAUCGUUGACGUACUCUCGAAACCACGGAUCUAUGUAUCAAGGAUUACCGUGCUCGCCAUCCCAGCCCGCAUUUAAACGCGGAAUUACUAACGGCGCCGAGUGGUACCCGCUUACCGGUGGAAUGCAAGACUUUAACUAUGUAUGGAACGGAUGUAUGGAAAUUACCUUGGAACUUUCUUGCUGCAAAUAUCCGCCGGCCUCGGAUUUGCCACAUUAUUGGGAGGAAAAUCGAGCGUCUUUAAUCAAGUUCUUGGCAGAAGUUCAUAGAGGUGUUCAUGGUUUCGUUGUCGAUGAAAAUGGUAAUCCCAUUGAGAGAGCGACGGUUAAAGUAAAAUCACGAGACGUCAGCUUUUCGACAACCAAGUAUGGCGAAUUUUGGAGAAUCCUAUUACCUGGCGUUUACAAAUUAGAGGUAUUCUCAAACGGAUAUAUACCUCGUGAGAUUGAAUUUGUAGUAAUCGAGCAGCAUCCGACGCUCCUCAAUGUUACGCUUUAUUCAGUAAAGAGACAGUACAAUGAUGAAAAUGGAUCUAUUUUAUAUACCGGAAAUACUGGCGGAAGGCCUUAUCCUCAUCGAGAACAUACGCUGCCCUUUCGACCACAAUCGGGAGUUAAUACCGCAGCCGAUGUCAACAGCGGUAUCUUCUCAUCUAUCAGUAACGGAUUUAACACUUUUGUGACUAACCUUUUCGGAUAA